AUGGAGCUGGAAAGCUUGGUUGUGGAGAAGGUGGUGGUGCUCUUGAUGAUGGAGCUCGUCAAGUCAAGAAAGGAAUCUGAGGAGGAAUUGACACCAUACUGUGUGCUCUACUGGAAGGAGUUUGUUUCAUUCUUACAACAGAUGUCACCUCUUGUGCAGCAGCUGGUUAAUGGGCUGGGCCAGCACAGCAAGGACAGCAGGGAGCUGAGACCCCUCUUUGCCAAUUUGAGAACCAGCCUCAUGCAGACAAAGAGGUAUGCAGUUGACAGUGAAGAUGGGUACUUGCUAUGGCACCGCAAGUGGAAGCUAUCCAGGUUGAUGGAAAGGGUGCGGGUGGAGAUGGCUGAGCUGGUGGCCGGGGCAUGGAAAGUCAGGGGGCCAUCGAAGUUGAAUGGCAAGAUCGGGAUUGCAGAGGCUGCCUUGGAAACGAUGAGUGAUGCAAUUCGCAUGCAGCAGUCUGACUUGGCGAGCAAUGUGGCAAGGCAGGGCAGGGAAGGCGAUGAGGGUGAUCAAGUGGCUUCUCUCACAUCGGGUUUUGUUGUUGGGCAAGAUGCAGAUGCUUCCAAAGUUACGGAGCUCCUCCUCACACCUGGAGGGGACUAUACUAGCGGGGUAGUGAGUAUUGUUGGAUUUGGAGGUGCAGGGAAAUCAACGCUCAUAGAAGGUGUGUGCAGGAGCCCAAUGGUGCUGGGCUGGUUUGAGGGUAUUUCCGUAGUGGUCGUUUGUCAAAACCCUGACAUUCUGGCAUGUCAGAAGAAAAUCUGGCAACAUCUGAUUGGAGGUGAGUUGCCAGACUUGGCGGCACAGGGAGUUGAAGCCACUGCUAUGUUGUUGAGAGGCCUGCUACAAAACAAGAGAGUUUUGCUGUUGUUGGAUUAUGUAUGUCUUGGGGGUGAUGUGCAACACUUGAACGUGAUUAACUACAGGAAUGGGAGCAAGCUAAUGCUGACCACAAGGUCGCCCUCUGUUGCCCGGGAGUUGGGUGGAGGUGUUGUGGAGCUUAGCAAGUUGAGCACCGAGGAAGCCACCAAACUGUUUUGCCACCAUGCUUUUGUUAGGGCACAGCCUCCAGAGCAUGUCAUGACAGAAAUCAGUGACUUGGUUGCCGAAUGCAAGAAGCUGCCUGUGGUGCUGGAGUUGAUUGGCAAAGCGAUAGCUUCCCCAGCUGCCAAUCUCACCGUGGACGAGUGGCGGGUGAGGCUGAGGAAGGGUGCCAGAAAACUGAGGAGUGCAAGGAAAGCAGCAAUGACACCAGAAGAGGAGGUCUUCCUCCGCCUGAGGCUCAGCUUUGACAGUCUGUCUGAGCUGGAACAACAGUGUCUGCUGAUGUUUGGGUGUUUUCCAAAGCAGCAACGGGUCAUGGUGUCAGAUGUUGUUGACUUGUGGUCAGCAUCAAGGGGCAUCAAUCGAGAUGAAGGGCUGAUCGUUUGGUGGCGGCUUGUGGCGGCGUCGCUGGUGAAAUGGGACUGGGCCUGCGUGCCUGGAUGGAAGUGCAAUAACAGCAAUGUUGCGAUGCACGUUACAGGCUUCCAGGACGUGCUUUCUUCGAUGUGCUAUGUACAUGAGCUUGUCCAUGACAUGGUGCUUAGAAUUGCGGGAGACGGAUACAUUGUGUCGCGUCCCAGGCUGUUCUUCCCUGGCUGUGACCUUCAGUUUUCCACUGUUGUACGCUCCUUUCCUGCAGAGCCAUUGGUAGAGGAGCUCUCCUUUGCUGGAAUGGCCAUUGAUGACUGGAGCUGGAACGGAAGACUGCCAAGGCUGAGGGUUGCCAUGCUGAGGGGCACGAGCUUGUUUGCUGUUCCGCCAUCUGUGUCAUUUGCAAAGCAGCUGAGGGUGCUGGACAUGAGCUUCUGCAACGUUGAGUCCUUCCCAGACUGCGUACUGUCCCUGCAGCAGUUGGAGCUGCUUCAAUUGGAUGCAUGUCGGGCCCUGAAAGCUCUGCCUGAUGAGAUUGGCCGCCUCCCUCAGCUGUCGGUCAUGUCUCUGAGAUUCUGCUCCAAUCUCAGGGCUUUGCCUGAGUCAGUGGGCAGUUUAGGGCAACUGUCGGCCUUGUAUGCACCAGGAUGCCCCUUCACAGAACUACCCUCAUCCUUUGGUUGCCUCAAGAUGUUGGAGCGCCUUGACCUGAGCUAUUGUGAGAGGAUUGCAGAGCUGCCGGCGGGGUUCGGUCAUCUGAGCUCAUUGAGGGUCUUGAACCUGUCAGGAUUGUCGAUGCUGAAGGUGCUCCCUGCAGAUUUUGGGGGUCUGGCAGCUCUUGAGAAGCUCUUCAUUGUGGGCUGCCUGAGGCUAAGACAGCUGCCCAGUAGCUUCUCCUCACUCCUGGAGUUGGAGGAACUUGACAUGCAAAUUUGCGCCUCCAUAGAAGCCCUUCCAGAUGAUAUCGGGGCUUUGGGCAAGUUGAAGACACUGCGCAUGAACUGGUGUGAGAAGCUGAGGAAAUUCCCUGACUCUAUGGAGAGUUUGACGUCCCUGAAGGUGUUGGGCAUUGACUCAGAGCCAGUCAAGUUUGACUAUUCCACACAGCGGCUGGAGGGCUUCAGGUCGACUUGCUGGCUGGACAGGGGGUACCUUCCCAGUGGGCUUGUGCAGCGAGUUCACUGCGGGGACGUGACUGUUGAGAGACCUUCAAAUGAGCAAGCAGCACAUGUGCGCAAGAAGAUUCAAGGUUGGUCUGAGCUCCAUGCAGCAUUGUUCCAAGGGGAGCAAGUGGUGGCCAAGCUCUUGUUUCCCCUUAAGGGAGUCAUUAACGAUGGAGAUCAGAACGGGUGGACCCCUCUUCACUGGGCUACACGAUAUGGCAAAAUCGACUCUAUUGGGCUUCUCCUCAGUGCUGGUGCAUCACCUGAGGCUCAGUGCAAGAAUGGCUGGACAGCACUACACUAUGGUGCAUACUUUGGGCAGCUCGAUUGUGCAGAUAUCCUGCUCAAGGCAGGAGCGUCCUUGGAGGCUCAGAGCAAGGAUGGCUACACUCCACUGUUUGUUGCAGUGCAAACAGGGCGCAGGAACACUGUGAAAUGGCUUCUAGAGAAAGGGGCAAAUGUUGAUUGUCGAGAGAAUAAUGGGGCCACGCCAAUGUUUGUUGCUGCACAACAAGGGGACCAUCUGCUUGUGCAACUGCUUGCCAAGAAGAAGGCAGAUGUUGACGCUGCAAAACAGCAUGGGGCUACGCCAUUGUUCAUGGCAGCACAGUUGGGCCAUCUGGAGGCUGUGAAGGCACUUCUACAGAUCAAUGCCAAUGUUGAUUCAUCCAGGGAGGAUGGUACCACCCCUUUGUUUGUUGCAGCACAAAAUGGGCACACAGAAGUGGUGGACCUGCUGUUGAAGAACAAAGCUCACACUGAGAGAAUGCGGAAGGAUGGUGCUACUGCACUGUACGUUGCAGCCUACAAUGGAUUUGCCAGCAUCGUCGAGUUGUUGCUCAGGAACGGAGCAAAUGUUGACAGUUCAAGUCAGGGUGGUGCCACCCCUCUGUUCGCAGCAGCUCAACGUGGGUGGCAGGAGACUGUGGACGCUCUUCUCCGUGGGGGGGCGGCAGUGGACCUCCCAUCCCAGGAUGGCGCCACUCCUUUGUUCAUAGCUUCACACAGUGGGCACAAGGCAGCAGCGCAGUCUUUGCUGCGAUGUGGAGCAGCAGUGGACAGCGCGACUAAGAGCGGGGUCACCCCUUUGAUGAUUGCAGCACACAAAGGAAGACAGGAGAUGGUAGAGUUCCUGGUUCAGACUGGGGCGUCUGUACAUUACAGGAACAAGGCGGGUGCUUCUGCGCUGACGUGUGCUUCAGCGAGAAAGCACACAGCCAUCGCUGAUUAUCUGUCGCAGGCAGGCGCGAGCAGCAAGCGUCCCAGGCUGGCGUGCCAGAAGGGCCAAGCUUGCUGA